AUGGAGAAACUAAAAGAAACAUAUCAAACUUAUGGAGAUAAAGAGAGAAUGGGUGAGAAGGAGAUGGAAGAAGUGUUCAAAACCCUUCCCAUGGAGAAACUCCCAGAAGGUAUUGAUCUCUAUUUCUAUGAAGGGCAUUGGUAUCCAUCUAUGUUCAUAAAUGGCAUCAUCCCAUUUCAGCAACAAUUCAAAGCACAAGACACUGAUCUGAUGCUAGUCACCUUCCCAAAAUCAGGCACAACAUGGUUGAAAGCUCUUGCAUUCACCAUAGCAAACCGUAACAACUACCCUUUUAGUGAAAGCCCAUUGCUCACCACAAACCCUCAUGGCCUCGUCCCUUUCCUCGAUGAUGAUGUCUACGGCAAGAACCCAAUCCUCAAGCUUGAAGACUUGCCUAGCCCUAGAGUCUUAGGAACCCAUAUGCCACACUCUGCAUUGCCUACUUCCAUUAAAGACACUGAUUGUCGGCUUGUCUAUCUUUGUCGAAACCCUCUAGACUUGUUCAUCUCACUCGACACUUUUUUGCUAAGCUUCCAAAUACACAUUUCGAUCCAAACUUGA